AUGCAGCCGCCUCCUCCCGCCACUCCGGUGCUGGCUCCUUUAGCCGUGUUGGAUCCUACAGGACAGUUUGCAAAACGAAAGAAGACUUCUCUCUGGUUCACAGUUUCUCUGCUGGUAGUGUCUGUGUUCAUACUGACCAUAGGACUUGCAGCUACCACAAGAACAGAAAAUGUUACCGUUGGAGGCUAUUACCCAGGAAUCAUUUUGGUAGCAUCCAUCGUAUUUAUCAGCUUUGGAGUGGUAGCAGCAUUCUGUUGUGCAAUAGUUGAUGGAGUCUUUGCAGCACGACAUAUAGACCCUAGACCUUUGUACACUAGAAGGUGUCAGUUUUAUUCAAGUGGAAUAGGAUUCUUAUACGAUGCCUACCAGACAGAGGUAACGUGUUACACCUUAAGCAGCAAGUGCCAGCUGAGAGUAAAGAGCAAUACAUGCUAUUGCUGUGACCUGUACAAUUGUGAAAAUUCAGAACAGUCAACCAGCUACUACGAGUUUCUUGGAGUGAACAGCUGUCAGGAUGUGGUUCACUUGUACCGGCUGCUGUGGGCCUCCACAGUCCUGAACAUCGUUGGAUUGUUUCUUGGGAUAGUCACGGCAGCCAUACUUGGGGCCUUUAAAGAUAUGGCACCUCUAUCCCAAAUUGCCUUUAGUUCUGCCCCCCCUCCUCAGAUCUUGUACAAUCCAGCCCAGCAGAUCCUGACAUAUGCCGGUUUUUGUCCCUCUGCAGCAGCUCUUCCUGCAUAUUCAUCCUAUCCUUUACCUCUUCAGCCUGCAAGCCAUUUUCCAGCAUCAUCAUCUACUGAUAUUUCUUUAUCUGAUGAUACUCAGCCUCCAUCUCAGUCCAGCUCGAACUAUGGUCUCCCACCCAAUGCCCCGCCACUAUACACACCAACUUACUUCCUGCCAGAAGAAAAGCCUCCACCGUAUGCACCCUAG